AUGGGGACAUUUGUGCUGAAGGCCCGGUGCAAGGUGUUGAAGUCUGAGAAGAAUGAAGAAUGUAAUAGAAGGGUCCAUGGGCGAUUGGGUUUCAAGUGGGAAAAAGAAGGCAACCAUGGCGCUUUUCCUUCCACCACUUUCACGCACGUUCUCCUUUCUCCCCGGGGAGAGGGCGUGCCCAGCACCACGACCCGCCUUAUCUGUGCAUUCGUUGGUGGAUCCCGAGGCCUGUUACUGCCGAGUCCCGCCCAAACCACGCCCUCACGCAUUCCGCAGGACCAGGAGAAGGCGUGGUCAUUGUGGCGCUGGACCUUCGAGACCGUCUCCUCUCGUAAGAAUCAGGACGCGCUCGAAGGCCGGCGCUGUGAGGGUGGGAGUGCAUUCCGCGGUCCCGCGCGGCGCGAGAGGCCCGCGACCGCUGCUGGCGCACGCCGCGCCCCGCUGCCCCGGCACGCGGCCUCCGCGCGAGUUCGCGCACGCACGCGCGCGCGCACCUGCCCAAGCCUCGGCCUGGGCGGCGGGGACGCGCCUGGCGGAGGCUGGGCCGCUGAGGUACGAGGGGAGGAGCCCGAGCUGUGGCGCUGUUGUCGCUGCUGUCGCCGCCACUGCCGCCGCCCCCGAGAGGAGCAUGUCUGCAACUCGAGCCAAGAAAGUGAAGAUGGCCACCAAAUCGUGCCCCGGGUGCGACCAACAGAAGUGGACUGUACCAUAUCUUUGAAAGAUUUGCGAAUACUGUUUUUAUAUGAAUUUAAACUAGGACAUAGUGCAGCCACAGCAAGUAGAAACAUCAAUUCUGUCUUUGGAGAAGGCUCUGUUAGUGAAAGGACUAUCCGGUGGUGGUUUGAAAAAUUUCGUUCUGGGGAUCUGAGUCUGAAAAAUGAGCCUCGAGGGAGACCCAAAUCUGUUUUAAAUGAAGAUCAAUUGAGAGCCAUGGUGGAAGCUAACCCCAAAAUGGCAAUUCGAGGCCUUGCAGCAGACUUAGGAGUUUCUGCUACAACAAUUUCUCGACAUCUGGCUGCAAUAGGAAAGGUGAAAAAGUUGGACAAAUGGGUAGGUACCACACCAACUGAUGGAUGAUCAUAUAUGGAGAUGAUUAGAGAUGUGCUCAUACCUUAGGAUUUGAAAGAGCAGAGACCUAUUCUGGAGAGGAUCAUAAGCUUUGACAAAAAAUGAAAGUGGUCUGGACAAUGGUUGGAUGUUGAUGAAGUUCCCAAACGUGUUAAAACUAUCGCUGCAACCAAAAUGAAGGUUCUAGUAAUGAUGGUGGUCUGCAAAGAGAGUAUUUAUUACUUUUAGCCCAGGCAAAACUAACAGUAGCAUCUUAUUGUCAAGAAGUUGAAAUUAUGUAUAAAAAUGGAUUUAAAAGCACUCUGCAUUGGUUAACAGACAUGGACCUAUACUUUUCCAUGACAACAUUUGACCACUGAAAUUGCGGACCACCAUAGGGAAUAACUGAAUUGGGCCAAGAACUUUUGUCAUAUCCAUCACACUCACCUGACCUUUUUUCAACAGAUUACCACCUUUUUCAUCAUUUGGAAGUCUAAGAAACAGAACAUUCUCCAAAAGAGAACAAUAAUUGAAGGAUUUGAAUAAAUGUUAACAAUGCUGAA